AUGUACCUUUUGCUCCCACAUCUGCUGAAGGGUAACAUUGGGACUGUUUUGGUGGGUCUUCCCCUGGCAGUACGCAAUGCAGGGAUCAUAGUGGGACCUCUUUGCCUGGUGCUGAUGGGAGUGGUCUGUGUUCAAUGUGUGCACAUCCUGGUCCACUGUAGCCACCACCUGUGCAAUAGGUUGAAGAGACCUCCCCUGGGGUACAAUGACACUGUGGCCUUCUCCAUGGAGCACAGCUCCUACCAGUGCUUCAGGAAGAGUGCCAGAUUUGGGAGAUGCCGGAGAGGGAGCACACGUGACAGUACCCCCUCCCCGACGCGCGGCUCCGGCUGCAGGAAGCCGACCAAGAUGAUGAUCCCGGGGUUCAGGAGCGGACUGGUCACCUCUGCUAAGGCGCGGGAACCUGUCGAUCCAGAUGAGGCGCAGAAGCAUGGCGACCUAGCGCGCCAGAGAGAGAGCAUAUAUGACAGCACCCCCUCCCCGGCGUGUUCGGCUCCAGCCGCAGGACGCCAACGACAGGGACGAUCCCGGGGAUCAGGAGUGGACCGGUCGCGUCCUCUGAGGAAUCCCGACCCAGUUGACGACUUUAAAAUGGUGGAAUCCCUCAAUGUCCAGCUAAAACGUGUUGUUGAGGGAUACCAAGGUGUAAACAUCACCCUGGUAGAUGAGUCCUUCACCAACACCACCAUGGUCCCAGCCCCCAUCCUUCUACCCACCAUGGUGCCAGCCCCCGUCCCUCUACCCACCAUGGUGCCAGUCCCCGUCCCUCUACCCACCAUGGUGCCAGCCCCGUCCCUCUACCCACCACAGUGCCAGCCCCGUCCCUCUACCCACCAUGGUGCCAGCCCCGUCCCUCUACCCACCAUGGAUGUUGGGGCCCUUCAUCGUCUCUCUCUCACUUCCCCCUUGGGCAAGUUCCCCUUCUUCUUCGGAACAGCCAUCUUUGCCUUUGAAGGCAUCAGAGUGGUUCUUCCUCUAGAGAACCAGAUGAAAGAACCGAAGCGAUUCGCCAUGGCUCUGAACAUCGGCAUGGGCAUGACCAUUGUCCUCUACGUUGUCUUGGCAACGCUGGGCUACCUCCACUUUGGUGACGACGUCAAAGGAAGCAUAACCCGUAACCUUCCUCAUAACGCAUGGUAUUUUCAGAUGGUGAAGAUCCUGUACUCCUUUGGAGUGUUUGUCAGCUUUGCCGUCCAGUUCUUCGUCCCGGCGGAGAUCAUAAGUCCCCCGGUCCAAGCGAGGGUACGGGAGAGCUGGAGUGCACCCUGUGAGUUGAUCCUCAGAGGCCUGCUCGUCUGCCUCACCUGUGCCUUCCCUGUGCUGAUCCCUCGUCUGGACUUGGUAAUCUCCCUGGUGGGUGCAGUGUCCAGCAGUCCCCUGGUCGCCCCCCCUCCAGUGGAGCUCAUCACCUUCUCAGACCAACUGCUGAAGCCAACCAUGUUGGUGAAGGACCUUGUCAUUGCUGUGGCGGUAGGGUUCCUGGCUGGGACAUACGUCACCCUGGCAGAGAUAGUCUCCCCAGAGGAGCCUCCAAAGGUCAUCAGGGAAGCAGCUCAGAACCUAACUGUUGCUGCUGCUAGAGCUGUGGCUGGGGUCUUGGGGAUGUCUGAGGAGCCCUAUAGAAACAUAGGAAAGACACUACUGUACAAAGCCCUAACCACAUAG